GGAUUCUGUCAAGUGGCCGGUGCUUUUUGUGAUCCUUUGCUUUAGAGUUACUCAAACUGAAGCUUCGUCUUGGACAAUAAAGGUGCCAUCCUCAGUUAAAGGUCUCCCCGGAUCCUGCGUGGUCAUCCCCUGCUCGUUCAACUACCCAGAUCCAGAAAAAGAGAUCACUGCGAUCUUGGGGAUGUGGGCCAGGGCGCCGCAUCAGUUCAUCUACCACCCAGACAAGUCGAAAAUGAUCAAGGAUUAUCAGGGUCGAACACAGCUGCUGGGAGACGUCAGACAGAAGAACUGUUCACUAAAGAUUGAUCCCCUUAAACCAAGUGACGGAGGGCCUUUUUUUUUCAGGGUUGAAAUGACAGGCCACGACAACUUUUCCUACAGAAGACAGGAGACAUCAAUUGAAAUGAUUAGUGAACUUAUUGACAUCCAUUUCAACAUGAAGGAGGAGGGUCAAACUGAGGUUGCGUCCUGCUCCGUUCCUCAACCCUGUCCAACUUCACCACCUGUCUUCACCUGGAGUUUCCCCGGGGAGCAACAUUUCCAACCACGGCAGCUUGGCGAUGGCCAGUGGACAGCGACAUCUACUCUGCGUUUCCGCCCUACCAGCGCGGAUCACAACAAGCUGUUAACAUGCACCGUGACGUACAAGGAAGGGCAGCACUACAAAGCAGAAAGGGUCCUCAGAGUCAAACAUGCCCCAGUGAAUGUGAACAUUGACCACAAGUCGGAGGUAACGGAGGGAGAAGCUGUGCGCCUAAGCUGCUCCUGUGAUGCUCACCCUCCUGCCAGCAGCUAUCAGUGGAGCGAUGAAACCGGUGCUAAACUGCAUCAAGGAAAUGUCUACGUGCUGCCAAACGUCUCCAGACACACAGGAGCCCUGUUCUGUACUGCCAUCAAUGAAAUAGGGCGAGGCAAAUCUAACCCUGUGCGGCUCAAUGUGUUGUAUAUGCCUGAGAUCAAGACGGUCUCCUCCUGCUCUUCAGAGGCAGAUAUAGUGAAGUGCGUGUGCAUUGCGGAGUCCCGGCCCGUCAGCAUGAUCCAUUUUGUGCUUUCUGACAGAGUCGUGCCAGGAGUGAAGGUAGAACAUCACGGCACCGUCACCAUCGGGACUCUGCAUGCAGAGUUUGGAUCUUCUCGGGUUGUUUACUGUGUGGCCAACAACACGCUUGGGAAUGCAAACCUAACGCUCUCUUUGCCUUUUAACAGAACGAUGCAGAACCUUUACCUUGUCGUUGCUUCUGGAGCAGCCGGGAUUUUGGUGACGGUUUUAAUAAUUGUCAGCGUUUUUAAAAAGUGUAAGGGGAACUCUGCGAAUGCACAAACACGUCACAUCAACCCUGAGAAGACGGACAAAGACAUGGAGCUCCCUCACUGCUGUGCUACUAGCAGAAAAGAGAAGAGUUGUGGAGAUCCACAUUCUGCUGACAUCUUUGACAACGAUCGUGUCUAUGGCAACAUGGAGACUGACUGCGACGACGCAAUCUACGCAAAUAUGUAACUUUGUUGAAUUCGUUGGAGGAAGAGUUGCAGUCCCUCCGUUGUCAACUGAUGUGCGUCGGGGAAGCUGUCAACAUAUCACAACCCUCUUCUGUUUUUAUGUCAAGUGAGAUUUUUCUGUCUCUAGUAACUCAAACUAUUUAUCUUGUUUUAUGUGAUGUAUAUAAGGGAAAUCUUGUAAGCUACCCAAUUUAAAACAUUAUUCUAUUUUUUAGAACAUUACAUUUUUAUUCAUAGUAUGUAUGCAAAUCGGUUGAGAAAGUUAUGGUUAUUUAAAAAUGACAUGUAUCACUACCAACACAAUGUUAUGAGUGAGCGAACUGCCCCUACCAAGAUGGCCGCCAUGUGCGGACUUUCGACUCUGUUAGACAUCUAGCCUUUCUAUAUGUUUGUGGGUGCAAUUAAGUUUUACACAGUGUAGGCGUUGAAUGUAACUCGGAUAUCAAAUGUCUCUCAGUCAAUAUAAGUGAUGGCAUCCAGUAUUACAUGAAUGCAUUUCAGUUGAUUAUAUUGAAUCCAACCAUAGCUAUGCAUCAGUAUUAUUCUAUAGUUUCAAAAUGACAGCGGUAUUACACUAUUCUCAUUACUUUAUUGAUUACAUAGUUUCAGAAUCACAUUUGUAUACUGGUGUACACUAAAUGCAUUUAAUUGAAUAGUCUAAUUUAUGAACCGGCAAGUCAGUUUGUUUAUUAUAUUCUACUACCAACCAAACUCCGUCCAGUGUAUUAUCCUCUAAAAUCUCCAGAAAUUAUAUGGAAUCUCUGGAUUGAAAAUGAUGCAGGACCAAAGCGGAUGACCGUAUUAACACAACGGGGGACCAGCUGGUGGGCGUAGACUCUGGCAUCCAAAAGCUAAGUUAAGUAAAUGACUUUUUAUUGGGAAACUACAGCCGACGCAACACCAUAACGUUACGUGUUGUUAACCUGAAGGAAAACUGCGAGGGAAACGACCGUGUGAGCUUUCUUACCAAGUGGACUCGAGCUACGCUCGGACCAGCAGUGCGUAAGUGUUGGGAAAAUGUAUAGACUCAAUUUAAGUGCCUCAUCAUCAAUCAGAUUAUACUUCUUUAAAUGUGCCUGCUGGCAGGAGGCUUCGUGCAUAAUCAUCCAUCAGCAAAAAUAAUGCUCUCAACUCUUUCAGAAUAAGUAGAUCAAAAUAAGCCCAAAGAAUCGAAAUUGGUAGUUAUAAAUAUUUAUGAGGAUAUGAGGAUGUAUGUACUGUAUCAGCUUAUGUAUCAUAUGUAUGUGUAUAUAUGUGUGUGUGGAUGACCAUGAACUAGGAGUGUUGUUAUGUGUGUGUGAAUCCGUGUAUGGGCGGAUCAGUAUAUAUCUAUUCAUAAUCAGUGGUGUACUAAUCCAGCUGGCUCAAAUGAAGGUUCAAGUUUUUCUAUGUGUUGCUAUGGUGAUUUUGCCAAACCUGCUUCGGGAACCGAAAAGCCUGAUCUACGUCAUCUCAUCCUGAAAAUGAUCCGGCUAACUCAGUUAGCCACGUACGAGGAACAGGGCCUGCAGGAGUGAUUCAUUUCGUAGCUGCUAGUACCAUGAAAUGACACUAGAGUGCGACACAGACCAAAGAAACAAAUAGACCAUGUCGUGCUUCUGGGAGCAGAUGAAGUUAUGCCUGGCAUCUGAUCUAUGUGUUGUACAUUAAAAAAGUGACUCAGAUCGGAUUUAAGUGGCUUUUACCUCCAAGU